AUGGACGAUACUUCCAUAGGUAAUAGUCAAAACAAGGAAGAGACAAAUGGCAGGCCUACCGGUAUUGCUAAAGCCACCGUCAAAGAUUCCAAUGCCACUGAUGAACCAGUUGGUAUGGUUGGCAAAAUACUUGUCCUAGAAGAGCAAGACCGAAGGGAACGGGAGAGAUCUCAAGCCGCUGACAGUCAACGACGACCAACACAAUGCGGGCCAGUGCACACAACCGUAGAAGGACCUAACUCCUUUCUUUAUGAUUCGGAAAGCAACAAUGCCAUGGGCAUGGUUGGAAAGAGGCUCAUUCUAGCACAAGAAGAAGCUGAUGCAGCUAAUGCAGCUGCCAUAGUUACUAGCACUGUGGAUAGAGCAAGUGCAAUUGCCCCUGCAGGUGCCAGUGCCAGUGCCAGUGCCGGUGCCAGUGCAGCUUCUGUCCUACAGGUCUCUGGUACCAACCAACAUACUAGGAGUGCUAUGGAAGGAUCCAAUGGAAGGAAUUCACGGAAGAAUCCAACACCAACGGAACCCCCUCAACUUAUGAGACAGGACUAUGUGCAACAAAAUCAACAGGUUCUGCCAGGAGCAGUGGCGGUACCAGGGGUUGGAGAAAGGCAAUUUGGAUCCUCGGCAGGAAACAACAUUUCAGAUCCGGAACAGCAGGAUUUUGUUCGUGACAACCAUCAUGAUGACAAUCACAAUUUGGGCUUGGUGGAAGCAGAGUCAGUGGACGACCUGGAAGAGCCCAAAGCCAUUGCUGUUCCUGCCAUUGAGAGCACCAACACCACACAGUCCAUUACUCAGAAGUAUCAAUUUCGAUUUGCAGCUUUUGCAAUCACACUAUUGCUUAUCGGAGGGAUCUUUAUUGGCUCAAUUUGUGGGGCUGGAUUGUGUAAGGCUGAUGAUUCGUCCUUGCAACCUACAAUGACAGACAGGGACAUGCUUCAGGCUCCCAAAAUGAAAGCCGCCCUUACUGAAAUCUUGGGAGAUAGCUACUUUGAUCAAGAAGAGGAAUCCGGUGAUGAUUUGGAAGUGCAUCUAUCUCAAUUUUUGGUGGCAACAAGGCAGAGAGCAUUGGAUUGGAUUGUCAAUCUGGAUCCAAUGCAGUUGAGUUUUGAUGCUCCCAAUUUGUUGCAACGAUUUGCUCUGGUGCUCUUCUACUAUCAGACCACAAGGAACAAACCAUGGAAGGUGUGCAACCCACCAGCAACCGACCAAAGAAGCACAAAUAAUUUUUGCUACGAGCCAGAUUUUUACAAUGGUGAAGUAACAUCGGUCAUCUGGGGUGAUCAGUGGCUCUCUGACAGUCAUGAAUGUAAGUGGGCUGGAAUUGGCUGUGAUGAAACUGUACAAUCAGAGGAAAGGGCAGUGGUUGAGAUACACCUUCGUUGGAAUCAUCUCAAUGGCCCUCUGCCCUGGGAGAUCACAAGAUUGCCACUGCUGAGGAUUCUCCGGCUCAACAACAACAUGCUGACUGGAGCACUGCCCCCAAGACUCUUUUCCAAAAAAGCAGGUGUUGCCCUGGAAGCUCUCUUGUUGGGUGAGAAUCAAUUCUCUGGCACUAUUCCUGUAGAAUGGGUUCCUGACCUUCUUGAAGGAAAUGGAAAACUUGUCAAUAUUCAUCUGAAUCGAAACACUUUGACCGGGAAAAUUCCAUCAGAGUUGGGUCUACUUGCUAUCAAAACUCUUUCACUUGCAAACAACAAACUUACAGGUUCUAUUCCACAAGAAAUAUUCAACCAAACUUCACUUGAAUCCCUUUUCUUGAGAAAAAAUGACCUCACUGGGACAUUGCCAAGUGAAGUUGGCCUUCUCACUAAUUUGCAAGAGCUGAACUUGAAUUACACACAGAUUUCUGGUACCUUGCCUUCAGAGAUUGGCUUGGCAAACCAGCUUCAGGAACUUUUUCUCUCUAACACCAACAUGCAAGGGACAAUUCCCGAGGAACUCUACAUGGGACUUGACAAUCUCUGGUUCUUUGGCUUGGAUGGUUGCAACUUUACUGGGACCAUCAGCUCAUCAGUCGGUCUCUUUCAGACAACUCUCCGGCACAUGUACCUAGCCAAUAACAACUUCCAUGGCACCCUCCCCAAUGAGAUUGAUGCAUUGGCACUUCUAAGGGAACUUCUGGAAUCCCUGCCAUCCAGUGUCCUUCUGACUGCUGCACGAGUUGUUGUGAUGAGACAGGACUUUGCCUUGCCAAUUGAUGUCUAUGCCCUUGCCAAACAAGCAACAAUUCUGGCAACACUGCAUCCAUUAUACCACCCUUAG